GCCUUGCAGAUUCACCAGGAUGAGCACCCAGCCCCCACUCACACUACUGAAACUGGCAACUCAGAGCUUGCUGAAGGACAAGGACUUGGCCAUGGGGGCUGUGGAACUUUUGCCAGGGGAGCUCUUCCCACCAGUGUUCAUGGAGGCCUUCAGCAGGGGUCACACUGAGGCCCUGAAAGCCAUGGUGCUGUCCUGGCCCUUUCCCUACCUGCCCCUAGGAGCACUGAUGAACAGGAGGGAUCCACAGACUUCAGACACUGAGGUGGAAGUUAUGGAGGUGGAGAAAAGGAUGUUACAAGCUGUACUGGAUGGGAUUGAUGUGCUGCUGAGCCAGAAAAUGUGCUCCAGGAGGUUAAAACUGCAAGUGCUAGAUAUGCAGGACAAGCACAGCAACUUUUGGAGAGUCUGGGCUGGAAACAAGUUGGAAGCCUGCUCCUCCUCAGAAGCCAUGAAGACAAGAAACACAGAGAAGAGUGGGCCAAGGGCAGCAGAAAAGCAGCCCCUCACGGUGAUUGUAGACCUGGAGCUCAGUCAUGAAUGUCUGUAUCUAUUCCAAUCCUACCUCCUCAAGUGGGUCCAGCAGAGGAAAGGUCUGGUGCAGUUGGAUUGUCCGAAGCUGUGCAUUAAAGCAGCAGACAUUCAAAGUAUCAUAGAGAUCAUAGAAAUCCUGAACCUUGAUUCUGUGCAGGUGGCAAAACUGGCUGACCGCUGGACAUUAUCCACCCUGGCUCUUUUGACCCCUUAUCUGAUUGAGAUGAAAAAUCUUCAGACACUAAUCAUUUCUGACAUCUCUGUGCCUGAGUUCCUUUCCUCAACCGAGUUAGAGCAGUUGCUCACCCAAAUCACCUCUCAAUAUUGUAAGCGACACCAUCUGGAGAAGGUUUGUAUAGACUCUCUCCCGCUCGUGACCCAGUGCCUGCUCCGGAUGUACAGCCCUGUGUGAUAACAGACGACCAGCUCUGUGCCUUUCUGCCUACCUUGAGCCGAUGCUCCCAGCUCAUUUCCUUCAGCUACCUGAGGAACUCCAUGUCCAUACCCACCCUGGAGAGCCUGCUGUGUCCCACUGCAAGGCUGAGGAACUUAUGCCUGAAUGUCUGCUGGGUGAGACUGAACUAGUUUCAGGGUGGGCUAAGGAGGAUGGUGCAGCCAUUAAACCAUCCCAGGAUAGUCCAGUUUUGUGUGGCUCAUUGUGUGCUCCCUUGUAACUAUAGAGUCUAUUAUCCUCAUCCUGCUCCUUGGCCUACUUAUAUCACUAUCUAGUUGGAUUCAAAUAUCCUAUGCUUGCAUUGGGCAUCAGGAACAAGGACCCUUGUUUCAAUAUUAAUGAGAAAAAGACUGGUCAUACAGCAAACUUGGAGAAUCAUCGGAUCCAGAGUUAAAGUGAAUUUUGUAGACUUCGGGUCCUAGAAAUCAUCAGAAAGAGGAAUCUGAGUUUCUAGCUAUAAA